AGGGGGACCCCCGGACACGUGGGUGGGGGCGCUGAGCGCUGAGUCCUAGAGCUAAAGCCGGGAGGUGAGUCAGUCACCUUGAGCCGGGCGAGCGCUGUGUUCCAAGCCGGGGCAGCGGGGCAGUGAGAGUGCAGACGGAAAAAAUGCAGACCACCGGGGCGCUACUCAUUUCUCCUGCUCUGCUCCGCUCUUGUACCAGGGGUCUUAUCAGGCCUGUGUCUGCCUCCUUCCUGAGUAGGCCAGAAAUCCCAUCUGAACAGCCUCCCUGCAGCAGUGUCCCACUCCAGGUGGCCAGGCGGGAGUUCCAGACCAGUGUUGUCUCCCGGGACAUUGACACAGCGGCCAAGUUUAUUGGUGCUGGGGCCGCCACAGUUGGUGUGGCUGGUUCCGGGGCUGGCAUUGGAACAGUGUUUGGCAGCUUGAUCAUUGGCUAUGCCAGGAACCCAUCUCUGAAGCAGCAGCUCUUCUCCUAUGCCAUUCUGGGCUUUGCCCUGUCUGAGGCCAUGGGGCUCUUCUGUUUGAUGGUCGCCUUCCUUAUCCUCUUCGCCAUGUGAGGCUUCGUGGAGGUCACCUACCCGUCCCUGCUGCUUCGACUCCAAGGCCAUGCCCGGUGCUGGAGUGUGCUGAGCUUGACCAUUAAACACAACGUUUCUCUAAA